AUGACAAUGGAGGACGCACAUGCCGCGGUGCUGGAUAUUAACGGGGAUGGACGUCCAGAGGUGUUCGCUGUUUUCGACGGUCACGGGGGCAGCGAGGUGGCAGCCUUCUGUGGGCGGCACCUACCAGCACAGCUGGCAACGGCUCUCGAGGCCAACCCGGGGGAUAUUCCCAAGGCCCUCAUAGCCACCUUCUUUAAAAUGGACGAGAUGAUGGCGCGCGAGGAGCACCGGGCGGAACUGCAGCAGCUGGCGAGCGAGGGGAAGGAGAGCGAGGACGCGCGGCUGCGGCAGGAGGAAAGAGAAGCGCGCCGAGGCGAGGGCGAACGCAGCGCGCUCGUUGCCUCUGUGUUCGGGGCUGGUGAGGAGGAGGAGGAGGAAGAGGAAGAGGAGGAAGAGGAGGAAGAGGAGGAAGAGGAGGAAGAGGGGGAAGAUGAGGAGGAGGAGGGGGAAGAGGAGGAGGAAGAGGAGGAAGAGGAGGAAGGAGAGGAGGGUGAGGAGGAAGAAGAAGAGGAUGAGGAGGAUGAGGAAGGGGAAGAGGCGGAUAGUGGUGGGGAGGUGGUAGGAAAGGGGCCUAAGGGCGGGGCGUUGGAGAGCAGAGCAGACGCAGCAGAGGGCAAGACAGGGGCGGAAAAGGACAGGAAAGGAGGGGGUGAUGGGAUUGGUACUGAAGGGCUAGAAAGGAUGCAAAAUGGCUCGGAGAGUGGAGCAAAUGAAACGGUUGGAUGCAAAGGUGUGGAGCAGGGGGGGGAGAACAAUGGGGGAGCGGAGAAGGAGCAGGGAGGGAGAAGCAGAGCAAAGCGGAAAUCAAAGCCCAGGAGAAGCACGAGCGCGUUAGUGGCACAGGGGAAGGGCGCAUCUGCAGAGGACGAGGAGAAGGGCGAGGGGAAGGAGAAGGAGGGUGAGGGUGGUGAGGAGAAGGCUGAGAGCGGUGAGGAGAAGGUUGAGAGCGGUGAGGAGAAGGUGGAGAGCGGUGAGGAGAAGGGUGAGAGUGGUGGGCGGAAGAAGAAGAAGAAAGCGAGCAAGAGGAAAAGGGAGGGCGAGCGGAAGGGGGGAGGGGCGAGGGCACGCGUGCAUUCGUCAUCGCUGUCAUCAAGCCUCAUCAAGAUGUUCCUCGCUGACGUUGUUAGGCGAGCGAAAGAAGAGAAGGAGAAGGAGGAGAAGGAGAAGAAGGAGAAGGGGAAAGGGGAGGAGGAUGGAGGGAAACGGGAGGAGGGGAAGGAGGGGCAGAAUGGCAAGGAUGGGAAGGGCAGAGUAGCAAAGGGUAAAGGACGGGCGAAGAGCAAGGGAGGAGACGGGGUAGAGAAGGAGAAGGCGGAUGAAGGAGGGGUGAAAGGUGGAGAAAGGGAGGGAGAGGAGAGGAAGGAGGGGGAGGAGAGUGGGAAUGAAGGGAGAAAGAAAGAGCAGAGUGAGGAGGGGAAGGAGGUAAAAGAGGGAGAGGAGGGGGAGGGCGACACUGAGAUGGUAGCGCAGCAAGGAGAGGAAGGGCAGGAGGGGACUGGAGUUGAGGAGUUGGAGGAAGAGGAUGAGGAGGACGAUGAGGGCUCAAAGCCAAUUUUCAUGGUAAAAAAAGGCACACCCAAGAAGGAGUACAGAGGUCCCGAAGCAGGGUGCACAGCAGUGGUAGCGGUGAUAGCAGGACAACAGCUGGUGGUGGCGAAUGCGGGCGACUCGCGGUGUGUGGUGAGCCGGGGGGGCGAGGCGGUGGAGAUGUCUCGAGACCACAAGCCCACCAUGCCGGAGGAAAGGAGAAGAAUUGAAGAGUCGGGGAAAUUCGUCUCAGACGGACGGAUAGACGGCUGCCUCAACCUCUCUCGUGGUUUAGGAGACAUGGAGUACAAGCACAGGCCCGAUUUACCACCAGAGAAGCAAGCAGUCACCGCACUACCAGAAGUUAAAUCCAUUGAUCUGUCGGAGAAGGACGAGUUCAUCGUGCUUGCAUGCGACGGCAUAUGGGACGUGAUGUCAAGCCAAGCUGUGGUCACGUUCGUGCGGUCAAGGCUGGCGAACGAGGUACCGCUAACGGACAUAUGUUCACAGCUCAUGGACGCAUGCAUCGCUAAGGAUGCGCACUCAUCGCCUCUAGGCCUGGAUAACAUGACAGUCAUCAUUGCUCAGCUCAAACCUGCCAUGUGGCAAUCACCUGCUUCGCCUGCCAAGCAGACCUAG